CCCUAGAAGAACCCCAACACCUCCCCCUCCUCCCGUCGCCCCCCAAAACCCUAGAAUUCCCGACGAUCAAACCCUAGAUCUCAAUCUCGCCCCGUAGUUUGAUGCGCCGAUCGAAUGCCCGGCCCCCGGCAAUCGAUCCCGACUCGGCCAGCAGCAUGGACGCGCCCAAGCCCCAGCUCCGCCCUCCCCCCGCCCGCCUCUCCUUCGCACCCCGGAUCUAUUCCCAGGGCCCCAAGAACCACCGCACCGGCAUCCGGUUCUUCCUCGCCGCGGCAGCCGCCGCGGCCGUGCUCCUCGGCCUCUUUCACGUAUCGAGGAUCUCCGGCUCUUCGAAAUUCGGGAUUAUUAUAGAUGGCGGGAGUACCGGGACUCGGAUCCAUGUCUUCAGGUAUUCCAACAGGCGGGGGGCGAUGCCAGUGCUCGAUUUUGGGGUGAUGGCGUCGAUGAAGGUGAGCCCGGGGCUCUCGGCUUACUCGGGGAAUCCGGAGGGCGCGAGGAGAUCGCUGGUGGAGCUGCUGGAAUUUGGGAAGGGGAGAGUGCCGAGGAAUCAGUGGGGCGAGACCGAAAUUAGGCUCAUGGCCACGGCAGGCUUGCGGUUGCUUGAUGUUGGGGUUGCGGAGAGGAUUUUGGACUCUUGCCGGAAAGUUCUGAGGUCGUCCGUACUUCAAUUCCAGGAUGAUUGGGCCACUGUGAUCUCAGGAUCUGAUGAAGGCAUCUAUGCAUGGGUUGCUGCAAACUAUGCCUUGGGUUCUUUAGGAGGCGAUCCAGAAAAAACUACUGGGAUAGUUGAGCUUGGUGGGGCUUCAGCUCAGGUAACAUUUGUUUCAAGUGAACCUCUGCCUCCAGAGUUCUCGCAUGUGCUUAAGUUUAGGGAAACCACAUACAAUCUGUAUAGCCACAGCUUUCUCCAUCUUGGUCAGAAUGUGGCAUACGAGGCACUUCAUGAAUUGCUUAGCUCAAGAGUCCUGAAAUCAUCUGCAGAAUCUGGCCAGGAGCCAAUAUAUAGAGAUCCUUGCACUCCUAGAGGACAUUCGCAUAGUGUGGAAUUACUGAAACUUUCUGCUGGUGAUCUCAAUUCAAAGACUGAAUAUCGGCCUGUGGCCCAUGCAACUGGUAACUUUUCUGAGUGUAGAUUGGCUUCAUUGGAGCUGCUACAGAAAGAAAAAGAUAAAUGCUUGCAUCAAAGCUGCGACUUGGGAUCAGCAUUCAUACCUAAAUUGCAUGGGAAAUUGUUGGCAACUGAGAAUUUCUUUUACACAGCAAAGUUCUUUGGUCUGGGUCCUACGUCAUUUCUUUCUGAUUUGAUGUUGGCUGGGGAACAAUUUUGCGGUGAAGAUUGGUUAAAGCUAAAGAGCAUUUAUCAUUCCGUGGAUGAGGAAGAUUUGUUGCGUUAUUGUUUCUCUUCAGCAUAUAUCAUGGCCCUACUGCACGACAGUCUUGGAAUUUCUCUGGACGAAAAAAGGAUUGGAUUUGCAAAUCAGGUGGGUAAUAUCCCGCUCGACUGGGCAUUGGGUGCCUUCAUAAUGCAGAAGAUGCCAAGACACAGUCCAGAACACUCAGGUUGGAUCACUGCCAUUGUCGGCAAUGACUCAUCAAUUCUCUCUCUAUUUGUUGUCCCUUCUGUGCUAAUUAUGGCAGCAUGGACCGUGUCGAAAUGGAGGAAACCACAGCUCAAGACCAUAUAUGACUUGGAGAAAGGACGCUACAUCAUAAGACAGGUCAACACCGAUGAUAUUUCUUGCAGCAGGGCUUCGAGUCACAAGAGGUAGAUGGCCUCCAUCUACAUUGCUUCUGAAUUUAUAUUUUAAUUUAUUUUAGUGCUCAUUAUGGUUCAUCCUCGUCGUCAUGCUAUUAUUUUUGUGCUGUAUCUCACAGAUUGCAAAUUUUUUAAAAAAAAAGAAAAGAAGAAGAAAGAAAGGGGGAAAACUAUAGUUGGGGUUUACAUGCACCUCCUAUUGUACUAACAGCAAUAUUACGAUGGCCACGUCUUAACUUUAAUUAUGUUUUCCAUUUUUAAAGUAAAACAGAUUGGUUGGUUGAA